AUAAAGCGGCCCCGGAGCGGAACCGGAGCGGGACCGGCACCGGAGCGGGGCUGCGGCCAUGGCGCUGUCCCUGUCGCUGUCGCUGUCCCUGCUGGCGCUCCUGGCCUGGGGCGGGGCGCGGGCGCUGCUGCCCCCCGAGGAGCUCCGAGAGCUGUCGGCGGCGGGCAGCCGCGUGGUGGACGCGGAGCUGGAGCGGGCGCUGCGCGGCGUGCGCGGCAUGGAGGCGCUGCUGGAGCGCAGCGGCCGCGGGCACCGGGAGCUGCUGCGCUCCCUGCAGCAGGCGCAGCGCGGGAAGGAGGAAGCGGUGCAGCUGGCGCGGCAGAAGGAGCAGGAGCUGUCGGCGCGGGGCGAGCGCUGCAACGCCUCGGUGCUGGCGCUGUGGGAGCGCUGCAAGCCCUGCCUGCGGCAGCGCUGCCUCCGCUUCUACUCCCGCACCUGCCGCAGCGGCGCCGGGCUCGUGGGCCGCCAGCUGGAGGAAUUCCUGAACCACUCGUCUCCCAUCUCCAUCUGGGUGGACGGCGAGCGCCUGGACUCGCUGCUGGAGCGCGACGAGCGCCAGGAGCGGCAGCUGCAGGACCUGGAGGAGCGCUUCGGCCUCCUGGAGGACGGCGUCCAGGACAUCCUCCAGGACAGCUCCCAGGUCCAGGGCCGCCUCCAUCCCUUCUUCCAGGCGCCCUUCGGCGGCUUCCGCGAGGCGCUGCGGCCGCCGGUGCAGCGGCUGCGCUUCCCGCGCCGCUUCCGCCGCUUCUCCGGGGGCUUCUUCCCCUUCUUCCCGCACCGCCACGGCGGCUUCCAGCAGCUCUUCCAGCCGCUCUUCCAGAUCACCCAGCGCAUGCUGGAGGACGCCCAGGGCGGCUGGGAGAAUCUCUCCGGAGAGUUCGCGACAGAAUCCCGGAAUUUCAGCGAUGACCGGAUGGUUUGCCGGGAGAUCCGGCGGAACUCGGCCGGCUGCCUGCGGAUGCGGGAUGAGUGCGAGCAGUGCCGGGAGAUCCUGGCCCUGGACUGCGGGCAGGAGGAUCCCUCGCAGCAGGAGCUGCGGGAGCAGCUGGAGGACGCCGUGCGCGUGGCCGAGCGCUUCACGCGCCGCUACGAUUCCCUGCUCCGGGAGUUCCAGGAGGAAAUGCUCAACACCUCCGGCCUGCUGGACCAGCUGAACCGCCAGUUCGGCUGGGUGUCCCGCCUGGCCAACCAUUCCAUGGGAUCCGACGGCUUCCUGCAGGUCACCACGGUGCUGUCCAAGGCUCCGAAUCCCGAGGAUCCCUCGUCGCCGCCGGACACGCAGGUGACCGUGCAGCUCUUCGACUCGGAGCCGCUGGCGCUGACCGUGCCCGGGGACAUCCCCUGGGACGACCCCCGCUUCAUGGAGAGCGUGGCGCAGCAGGCGCUGCAGCGCUUCAAGGAGAACGCCGUAGAGUAGCCAGGCAUUGCUGCCGCCCCUCCGGAUCCCCCUUCCCGGGGGGAAUUGGCACCAUGGCUGCCAGCCCUCCCCUCCUGACCCUUCCUGCUGCCAGGAGCCUGCGGGGCCCCAAACGGAAAAUAAAGGUAGAGUUGAACGCCCUG